AUUCAUCAUUAUUGAUUAGGAGUAAUAAUAUAUAUUAAUUCAAAUAGUUUCAUAGUUAAAUAGUUCAUAGUAUAUCAGAGAGAGAGAUAGCGAGAUAUGGCUAAUAAAAAUGGAAAUAAACCAAAGGAUUUGGUAACUCAAGAACAGAUAACUACCCAUGAAGCACUUAACUUAUUCAAGAAUACCCUCAAUUUUAAUGUUAUAAGUAGGUAUGAUCCAGCUAUAAAGCAAUUAUUAUGGACAACAUCUCAUUGUGUAGUAUAUAAUUUUAAUGAUGAAUCACAAGAUUGGGUAAAGAGUGAUUAUCAAGGUACACUUGCAUUAUACUUGCGAGAUUAUAAACUUCCAACUAAAGAUCAUAUUCCUGAUUAUCAAGAUUUACAAAAUUUAUUCUGCUAUGGAUUAAUACUAUUGAAUAGAAAUAAUCCUGAAUGCUUUUCUUUAGGUUUAGUACCUAAUAAAGUAUCUCAACAUUUCUAUCCUAAUGGAUUAAAUAAUUCUCAAGUUAAAGAAAUGGCCAUUGAAUUGAAUGAUAAUUUAAUCAUUAUUAAAAAUCUUCUUGAUGAAAUUUAUGGGUUAUGGGUUUAUAAUGAAGAGGAUAGAGCUAAAUUAUACAAGCUAUUAGAGUAUUCAUUGAAUAUUAACAAUACAGUAGUUCAAUAAUAAUAGUAAUAAUAAUAAUAUUUUAGUAUUAUUAAUAAUAUUUUAGUAUAGUAAUAAUCAGUAAUUGCUGGUGGUUAUG